GCACCCACCUGGGCAUGGCCCCUCCCUCCACCCCCAGAAGGCUGGGCAAGAGCUUUGCUGGGACCCUGCCUUGGCUUAGCGACUCUCGUGGGCGGGCCCCUGGCUCUCCAGCCCCUGGGCCUCCCCCUGCAUUCUAGAGCCCCAGCCACCGCCAGAGCUACUGGCCACCGCCUGUUCCUUUCGGCUCUGCCCCUCAAUCUACCCCAUCCUGCAGGGAGGCUCCUGUCUGUCACCUGGUCAUGACCCCGGCCCCCACAGCCAACCUGGCUCAAUCUUGAGCUCUAGGACACCCAGUCUCAGCCCUGGGCCAUGGCCAACUCAGGCCUCCAGCUCUUGGGCUACUUCCUGGCCAUGGGGGGCUGGGUGGGCAUCAUCGCCAGCACCGUGCUCCCACAGUGGAAGCAGUCUUCCUACGCGGGCGAUGCCAUCAUCACAGCCGUGGGCCUCUAUGAGGGACUAUGGAUGUCCUGCGCUUCCCAGAGCACUGGACAGGUGCAGUGCAAGCUCUAUGACUCUCUGCUGGCCUUGGACGGCCACAUCCAGUCUGCGCGUGCACUGAUGGUGAUGGCCGUGCUCCUGGGCUUCGUGGCUAUGGUGCUCAGUGUCGUGGGCAUGAAGUGCACGCGAGUAGGUGACAGCAACCCCGUCGCCAAGGGCCGUGUGGCUGUCUCUGGGGGCGUACUCUUCCUGCUGGCAGGUCUCUGCACACUGACGGCUGUCUCGUGGUACGCAACUCUGGUGACCCAGGAGUUCUUCAAUCCCAGCACCCCCGUCAAUGCCCGAUAUGAGUUUGGCCCUGCCCUAUUCGUGGGCUGGGCCUCCGCAGGCCUGGCUAUGCUGGGUGGAUCCUUCCUCUGCUGUUCGUGCCCACCGCCUGAGAGAGCCAGCAGUGUCCCACAGCCCUACCGGCCGGGGCCCUCAACCACUGCCCGAGAACCAGUUGUUAAAUUGUCUGCCUCGGCCAAGGGCCCCUUGGGGAUAUAAUGCCCAGGUCCCCCACCUGGCUGUCCCCUGCUACACCUAGGCAGAGUGCGUGGCAUUGAUUUGCAAAGAGAAGUGAUCGUCCAGCCCCAGGAGACUGUCAUUGUCCCCGAGUGACUUGUGGGGAGGGUCCUGCUCAGAAAGAGCAGAGCUGGUUUCUGGGGUCUGUGAGCAGAAAGGUGGGGAGACCAAAGAUCAGGUUGGGCUACACAGACUCAGGACUGAGCAGCAAAAACAGCCCCUGCCCAAAAGUGCCCAGAGCCUGCAUUC